AGAUGACUAUGACGGCUGCACAGAGGAUGAUGGCCAAGAUGGGGUGGAAAGAAGGUCAGGGACUUGGCAAGCAAGAACAGGGGAUUACUACUCCUUUGAUGGCUAAGAAGACUGAUAAGAGAGGUGGAGUGAUUGUAGCUAGUGAGGAGGUUAAACAGCCAGAGAAGAAGGUUAAGAGUGUUAAUUUCAAUAUGCCUCCAACUAGGGUUGUACUUCUGAGGAACAUGGUGGGACCUGGUGAAGUGGAUGACGAUCUUGAGGGAGAGGUGGCCGAAGAAUGUACCAAAUUCGGGACAGUGACACGUGUACUUAUAUUUGAGAUAACGGAAUCAAACUUCCCUCAUGACGAAGCAGUCAGAAUAUUCAUUCAGUUUGAGAGGGCAGAGCAAGCAACAAAAGCACUUAUUGAACUUGAUGGGCGUUUUUUUGGAGGAAGGAUUGUUCGUGCGGGCUUCUACGAUGAAGAGCGGUUUGGUAAAAAUGAUUUGGCCCCCUUGCCUAGAGAAAUUCCUGGUUUUUGACAAAAGUUCAGCUUUGGCAAAAUGAAAAGUUUUGGCCACUUCUAUAUUCUAUCAUUCUAUGCAUUUGUCGCAUAUCCUAUCAUUCCUAUGCCUGUUUAAAGAAAAGAAGAGAUUAAGUGGCAGAGUGAUAGGUUAUAUAAAAAUUACUCCCCGCUCCCCAGAAAUCGGGAAUUAAUGUGUGAAAGCCCUCUUUUGAUUUAGGGGUGGAUCCAGUUCUGGAACCAAUCAGAUAAAACACUUGGGAAAGAUGUUUUUAAUGGAAUAGGAUUAUAUUAAGAUUUUGAAAA